AUGAAGUUCACUGCAUUGAUUGCAGCUUUCGCUGCCCACGCUGCUGCUAUCAGCGUGUCUGGCGCCGCAGAGGGUUUCGCCAAGGGCGUCACUGGUGGUGGCUCUGCUACUCCUGUCUACCCUUCUACCACCAGCGAGCUGGUCUCGUACCUUGGUGAUAGCCAGGCUCGUGUUAUUGUCCUAACCAAGACCUUUGACUUCCGUGGCACCGAGGGUACCGCUACCGGCACUGGCUGCGCUCCCUGGGGCACCGCGUCUGCUUGCCAGGUUGCCAUUGACCAGAACUCCUGGUGUAAGAACUACGAGUCGAGCGCUCCCUCUGUCUCUGUUUCCUAUGACAAGGCCGGUACACUCGGUAUUACUGUCGCCUCCCACAAGACCAUCCUGGGUUCCGGUUCUGCCGGUAUCAUCAAGGGUAAGGGUCUGCGUAUCGUCAGCGGUGCUAGCAACAUCAUCAUCCAGAACAUCGCCAUCACCGACAUCAACCCCAAGUACGUCUGGGGUGGUGAUGCCAUCACCAUCGACAACAGCGACAUGGUCUGGAUCGACCACGUUACUACUGCUCGCAUUGGCCGUCAGCACAUCGUCCUGGGUACCGAGGCCUCCAAGCGCGUGACCAUCUCCAACAGCUACAUCAACGGUGCCUCCGACUACUCCGCUACCUGCGACGGCUACCACUACUGGGGUAUCUACCUCGACGGCUCCAACGACUACGUCACCCUGAAGGGCAACUACAUCUACCACACUAGCGGUCGUGCCCCUAAGGUCCAGGGCAGCACUCUCCUGCACGCCGUCAACAACUACUGGUACGACAACUCCGGCCACGCCUUCGAGAUCGGUUCCGGCGGCUACGUCCUCGCCGAGGGCAACGUCUUCCAGAACAUCGAUACCGUCGUCGAGUCCCCCAUCAGCGGCCAGCUGUUCACCUCCCCCUCCACCUCCGCCAACACCGCCUGCAGCAACUACCUCGGCCGUGUCUGCCAGAUCAACGGAUUCGGUAGCUCCGGCACCUUCAGCCAGUCUGAUACUGGCUUCUUCUCCAAGUUCUCGGGCCAGAACAUUGCUUCUGCUACUGCUUACACCUCUGUGGUGUCCAGCGUUAACUCUAAUGCUGGUCAGGGUAAGCUGUAA